AUGAAGGUGGAAGAAGACGAUGACAUCACCGAAAUCGACAAUCCUGAAGUUCAUUUUACCGCCUUCGAUGGUGAUACCUUGGUCCUGGAGACCGAUUUGUCUACAUUUCUCAUUACCAAUGGAGAUCAAUUCGGUCACCUCACCAACGCCAGGUCAACUGGAUUAUUGAGCGAAUCCAUCCCUGCACGAAAAGAGAGACGACUCGACAAUUUCGCGUGCUCCGGGAGAAAACAGCCCCACAGGCACAGCCGACUCUCUCGCCAGUCCAGCGUCGGCCUGUCGUCGGAGCGUCGGCUUAGCGUCGCGAUGCCCUCCGCCGUCGAUACGAUGCGCGCGUGGUUGCUCUCGGCGCUGGUGGUUCACCAGGCUGUGGCAGGCAACCCCGACGCCAAAAGGCUCUACGACGAUUUGCUGUCCAACUACAACAAGCUGGUGAGGCCAGUGGUCAACACUUCGGAUGUGCUCAGGGUGUGCAUCAAGCUCAAGUUGUCGCAGCUCAUCGAUGUGUCCAGCGUCGGCCUGUCGUCGGAGCGUCGACUCAGCGUCGCGAUGCCCUCCGCCGUCGAUACGCUGCGCGCGUGGUUGCUCUCGGCGCUGGUGGUUCACCAGGCUGUGGCAGGCAACCCCGACGCCAAAAGGCUCUACGACGAUUUGCUGUCCAACUACAACAAGCUGGUGAGGCCAGUGGUCAACACUUCGGAUGUGCUCAGGGUGUGCAUCAAGCUCAAGUUGUCGCAGCUCAUCGAUGUGGUAAGAAUAUGA